AGGUCUUUGGGCAUAGCAGUUUAUUUUUAUUUGCACAGCAGUUUUGCAUAGCAUUUACUUGUGGCAAUGAAGAAAAAGGGUGACCUCGACCUUGGCAUUAUUUCAACACCUAGAUUCCAAUCUCCCUUGAUUGAAGUCUGUCCCAUUUGAAAUGCGUCACUCCAGGACUGUAUAAGAUGUCUGCCUAAAUGGAGGUUUGCAUCAGUUGAUAAAGGCUUAGAAAUCCGGGACCUUGAGCCUGCCUCCUCUGGCCAAGCCUGAGCUGCUACUUCCACCACUCUUCCUCUUGCCCGGGGAAGGAGGGAGCUUCCCGGGGAGCAGAGAGACGCAGUGGCCUGGGUGGUCCUCCCCAACCACCAGGCUUGGAAAGAUCACCCUCUCCCGGGAUCCCCGGACACUGCCGCCAAUCAGCAGUGCCCAGUCAUGGAGUUCGCCUGGCUGGACACGCGCUGGGCGAGGCCCUUUUACCUGGCGUUCGUGUUGUUCUUGACCCUGGGGCUGCUGCAGGCCAUCAAGCUCUACCUGCGGAGGCAGCAGCUGCUGCGAGAUCUGCGCGCCUUUCCCGGUCCAACCCCGCACUGGUUCACCGGGAACCAGAAGUUACUUCUGGAGGAUAACUUGGAGGAACUUGAAGAGGUUGUCAGAAAAUACCCGUGUGCCUUUCCCAUGUGGAUUGGGCCUUUUCAGACAUUUUUCUAUAUCUAUGACCCAGACUAUGCAAGGACAUUUCUGAGCAGAACAGAUCCCAAGUCCAAGUACAUAUACAAGUUCUUGAUGCCGUUAAUCGGAGAAGGACUACUGAAUCUAAAUGGACCCAUAUGGUUCCAGCACCGACGUCUAAUAACUCCUGCAUUUAAUUUUAAUAUUUUGAAAUCCUAUGUCAAUGUGAUGACCCAGUCUGUGAACAUAAUGCUGAGUAAAUGGGAGAAGAUGUGUGGCACUCAAAAUACACUUGUGGAGGUCUUUGGGGACAUCAGCUUGAUGACUCUGGAUACACACAUGAAAUGUACCUUCAGCAAAGAGACCAACUGCCAGAUAAACAGCUCCCAUGAUGAAUAUGUCAAUGCACUAUCUGAAGGCUCCAAAAUUGUCUUUAAACGCACGUACACUUUCUUGUUUCACCAUGACAUGAUUUUCAAAUUCACCACAGCUUACUGCCGCUUACAGAAGAUAGCCAACAUUCUGCAUCAGUACACAGUAAUGGGGGAUUAUUAUUCUACCACAGAGCUGAUAAUCCAAGGCCGAAGGCAAUCCCUCAAGGAUAAGAAGGAACAGGGUAACACCGAGAAGAGGAAGCACCAGGAUUUUCUGGAUAUUAUCCUUUCUGCCCAGGCUGAAAAUCACAACAGCUUCUCAGAUACCGACCUGCAUUCUGAGGCGAACACAUUCAUGGUGGCAGGGCAAGAUACCAUAGCAGGGGCCAUUGCCUGGCUCCUCUACCACCUGGCUCAGAACCCUGAGUAUCAGGAGAGAUGCCGGGAAGAGAUCAGGGGCAUCCUGGGGAAUGGAUCUUCUAUCACCUGGGACCAGCUGGGUGAGAUGUCAUAUACCACAAUGUGUAUCAAGGAGUCACUCCGACUGAUACCUACAGUCACAGCCAUUUCCAGAGAACUUAGGAAGCCCAUAACCUUCCCAGAUGGACGCUCCUUGCCUGCAGGAAUUACAAUGGUGCUCAGUAUUUGGGGUCUUCACCGCAACCCUGCCAUCUGGGAAAACCCCAAGGUUUUUGACCCCUCGAGGUUCUCUCCAGAGAAUUAUAGUAAGAGACACACCCACUCCUUCUUGCCAUUCUCAGCUGGACCAAGGAACUGCAUUGGGCAGCACUUUGCCAUGACUGAGUUAAAGGUGGCCAUUGCCUUGAUUCUGCUCCGCUUCAAAGUGGCUCUGGACCCCACCAGGCAUCCUUCACCCUCAGUUCAGGUUCUCCUGAAACCCAAGAAUGGGAUCCACUUGUACCUGAAAAAAAUUUCCUAAUAUUAGAGCCCAGGGUACAAUGAUUAUGUGUAUUUUAUUUUAAAGUAAAUUAUGACUAAUGCUAUAAGAACAUUAAUGGAAUCAAAGUGGUGUGAGAGGGCUAUGGAUUGGUGGGAUGCUGGUCUCUGUGGAGCUGCAUGGUAUUGAGAGACAUUCUUAGAUCUGUUUCUGUAUGACUUUGGAAGAUUUUCAGGUCUAUUCUACUUGAUUUUGGCUACUAUUAAUGCUACAUACCAAGAAUUCUGCUUGGGACGUUCGGACACGUUCUGUUGUUUUUUCAGAAUUACACAGUAAUAGGUGAAUGUAUUCUCACUACAAUAAUUUCUAACACUAAAACAAGCUUGUAAAG